CCAUUUCCUAAUUUCGCAUCUAAUUGAUAUGAGCUCCUGAUUUGAGCAAUUAGCAUUUUUGCCAACCACUUUGAAGAAAGAUUAGAGAAACCGAAGUAUUCAUCGGAAACAUCGAAAACCUCAUAUGAAACCUGAGACGGUAAGAACGAUGUAAAGAAAAUCAAGAACUUGUAAACCCCGACUUUUCCUUGCUUUUAAAUUUAUCGUAAUGGCGCCAAAUUGCGAGACCAGACUUGGACAGGCACAGUGCCAUACCCUUCCUGAUUUCUGCUAAACCAGAAAUGUCUACAGAUUUGAAAGACUUUCAGCCUUUAUUUGGCGAGGCCAAGGCAGAAUUAGAGGCUGCGACGCCCCAUGCCCUGUUGCCUUUCCUAUAUAUUAUUCAGGCUUUGGACGGCAGCAAGUUGCGUGUUCAAAUUACCGACUUCCAUUCCAACACAUGGGAAACUGUCAAAACAGCAGACCAGCUCGAACAACUUAGAGAUGAAGUUGGCAUUGGCGGAUCAUGGCAUGACUUUCUAAGCUAUCUUGGCGCUGCAUUUUCAUCAGACAAUGUCAAGCUUAUUCUUGGGGGGCCCACCAGCUCUGUUGGUGGUUAUGGUGCCACUUUUGCAAAGUUUACGGCCCAAAAGUCAAAGGGCAUGCCCAGGGUUUCAAUAUAUCUGAAAAAACUUGCAGAUCCAUUAGCUAGCGAUGCAAUGGGAAAUAUUUCUGUAGAGAUCUUCAGGGCUUUCAAACAAAAAUCUGAUGCUUUAGUAAUGGCGGAAGGACACCUAUCCCAGAUGUCGGUCAUUAUGGCUUCAGAAAAGGAGAAAACAGAACAACUUCAGAAACAGCUUGAAACAUAUGGUUUUUCAAACAAGAAAAGAGGACGGAAGGUGGCUUCAUCUCAAUCUAUUUAUCCCCCAAUGAGGGAUACAUCACUUCAAAGUGAAAUUGAUGCAACACCAUUGCAGACACAAACCCCCCCUGAAACUUCACAACCUCUUGUUUUGGGUAAGCCACCAACUGUUAAAAGUAAAGCUCGUGCAGCUCCAGCAUCACGUAGGGCAAAGCAAAGAGGUGUCCAUUUAGCAGAUAAUGAUGACUAGCUAAGCAAAGGAGAUUUGGCUAUAGCUUGUAUUGAGCCAAUGUUCAAGUGUAGGCAUCAGUUAAUUCUGUAAUUGUUGCUUCCAUAAAUAAAAUUAGAUUCAUAGAAUAAUUGAGAAAACUAUUUCUGAAUUUUAGAACAAAAGAAAGAAAUUAUUAUAUUAAUCACAAAUGACUAAAGCAGGUCAAUAGGACUGUGAAUUAUCUUCAGUCUAAGAUACCGGAUUCUUCUGUUUUAGCCCGGAUCCUGGUACUGGUACUGUUUGGGUAUGGGUACUGUUCGGGUACGGCUUGGGUGCGUUUUGGGUUCUUCUUGGGUGCCUAGGUUCUCUGUGGGUCCUUUUGUGAAGAAUCCACAGAGAACCCAUGCACCGAGGAAGUACCAAGGGCUGUACCCAGGCAUAUUUUCAUAAAUUAAAAUCUCAAUUUCACUCGCAACUUUGUGACGGCCUUUUUUACCAAAAUAUGCGAGCAAGCAGGCAAUUAAAUAUCAUUUCAGUUGCAUUUGUGAGCUAUACCUAUUAAAACAGGCUUAGUAAACUUUAUAUCAGCAUUACUGAGACUAAUUUCAGUUGAUUUACAUUAUGCAUAUGUAGCGGCUGUUUGCUUAUGUAUUGUGAAAUCACUUUCCUUGUGUUGUUAAUGAUUUGGCAUUUUGUCAAAUGUUUGAAAAAUGAAAUUGAACCAACUUCUGCACUUGACACAGCUAGAGGUAGUGGCAUUCCAAUUGAUUGUGGUUCAAAUGAAAUUGAACCAACUUUUGAUAUUGACCUUGAUGCUUUUGAUAAAGAACGUCGAUAUUAAAAUAGAUUUAUAAUUUGAAUUUU